AUGGAAACGUCAACAACGAUCAAAUCCAUUAAUGGCGACUCAUCUCAAGAACCCAUCUCUCAUUUAAUGGACCACUCUCUCCCUUACAUUUUUCCCAAAAAAACCACUCUCAGAGAUUCAUCUUUCUCCUCAUAUCUUAAACCAGAUGAUUCCAAUCAAGGUGACGAUGCGGAAAUAAGAAUUUUUGACGCCCAAAAGUACUUUAACGAAAGCAACGUCAAUGAGGCGAAAGUGAGCAAGAGAGUAUCUCCAGUUAAUGUUAUUAGUCUGGAACGUAUAUCUGAGAGAAGUGAUUUGCUUGCCGUGCCGAGAUUCUCUUCAGCUUCAUCUGUUGACGGGUUUGCGAGGAACUAUCGAGCUCGUUCUUUAAAUGCAACACCAACUGCUUCAUCGGAAGCUAGUUGGAAUAGCCAGACUGGUCUUUUGUCAAAUCCUCCUGGAACAAUUGCGGUCUCUCUACGAAAUACUACUUCUGAUCGCGACCAGAAAAGAGGGCCAGCUCCAGCUCCAGCUCCUAAAUGGCUUUUUGGGAGAAAGUGCCCUUGCUCUGGCAAAAAAUCAGUUCAAGUUGAGGAAAAGCUGUCAGUAUCAGUUUCAGAUUCCAAAACCCCACCGCAUUUAUAUAGCAAAAAGCAAACCCACAAGUCUAUUGAAAUUGCUAUGGAUACAUCAAACUGGAGCGAAAGGCGUGAAGUUAUCUCCAAAACUACUCAUAGAAUCUCUGCUGACAAUCGUUUUCCAAGUCGUGGUUUAGGCCAUCGUGUAUUGGCUUCAGGGAGACCUUAUUCUGAUUCUACUACUGGCUUCACCUUUCCUAUAUUGAAACAAAGUAAACCACAUCCCAUCAAAAUCACAUAUCCUUCCCUUGAAGAUCCGCCGCGAGAAUCACUGGAGAUUUUCCAACCUUCCGAUGAAACCAGUGUUUCAAGAAAAUCAACUGAACUUCAAAACGGUAUGUUGGUUUCACGUCAUAGUUUCACGUUUCCGGCGAGUCCUAGCAGAACUCGAAUCACUGAGGACGAUGUUGCAAGUGAUGCAAGCUCUGACUUGUUUGAAAUAGAGAGCUUUUCCACUCAAAGUACAAUAUGUCCAAUGUACCAUCGUCGAGAUUCACUGGAUGAGGCUUCAAGCUUUAAUGCAAGAAGAUUAAUAGCCACAAAUAUUAAUGGAGGUUUGAUGUAUAAUUGUCGUAGGAGUCUAGAGGAGCCAGUGACACCAUCAAUAGCAGCAAUGGAAUGUUAUGAGCCAAGUGAGGCAAGCAUUGAUUGGAGUGUGACAACAGCUGAGGGAUUUGACAAAGGAAGUGUUACUAAUUUCUCGAUUACGGCUUCAGAAAUAGAUGAUAUGGCAAUAGUGCGGAACGGCGGCGGCGGCAACGGGAAGAAGAAAUUAGGAAAUGGGUUGUUGAGCUGUCGAUGUGAGAAGGCGGUGAGUGUGGGGCCAAAUCCAGUGAAAUGUGUGCCUGAGAUGCAAAGAAUGGGGCAGCAUAACACAUUGAGGCAUAUGCAUGUGAGUAGUAGGACACACAAUGUGAAUAAGCCACCGCUUGCAAUGUCUCAAUCUGAUCGCUUGUCCCUUCCUUUUGCGACAUAGGCGCCACAUUUACUUCUCUAAAACAAUAUCCUUUUUUUUUUUUUUUUUCUUUUAAGUUUCUAUUCAAUUUUCAAGAUUUGUGUGAUCUGUUUGUGUGUGUAAGAUAAUGAUUUCAUUAUUAUUGAGCAAUA